UGUAUAUGCAUGAAUCUUAAUUAAUACCAAGUGAACACACAGCACUGGUACCAUGUACUAUGUCAAUAAUAGAUUUUGAUUUACUCAUAUAUGUCAAUGAUAUGGGGACAAAAAAAAUUCAUGGCGAACCUACCUUGAACGUACUUUUUCCACCCAAGUUCGUGUAGAUAUAUCCUAGACGUCUUUGGUCAGCAACAACGCAAAAGCUAGAGGAUUCAUUAUGGAAACAGAAGCUGACGAUUACAGAAAAGAAGUUCACGAUUUCAUCAGUAAACUGAUAAAAAGUGAAUCAGUAAGACUGAAUCAAUCCGAGCAAUCUAAUAUUGUCACAAUUUGUAUGGUACCCAAUACACUUCGAAAUCUCAACCCAACUGCAUAUACACCUCGAAUCACCUCAAUUGGCCCUCUUCACAAAGGGGAUAAACAUCUUCAAGCUAUGGAGGAGCACAAAGUGACUUACAUGCUUCGACUAUUUUGUCGAACUAGGGAGUCCACAGAGGAGGAUAUAGAGAAAAUAACUUACGAUUGCGUACAAGAAGUUCUUCGCAAUCUAACACGUGCAAGAGCUUGCUAUGCACAAAGUCUUACAAACUAUGAAGAUUUCAAGCUGGCUAAAAUGAUGGUUCUUGAUGGUUGUUUCAUACUUGAGCUUAUCUACAGGUUCAAGUAUGGAAUUGGUGAGGGUGAUCUAAUUUUCGACAAUAAUCUGGUAAUGAGUGAUAUUAAACAUGACUUGCUGCUUCUAGAAAAUCAAAUGCCUUUCUUUAUUCUUGAAAUAUUGUUUCGGAUCACUGUGGAACGAAUAAGGAAGCAGACUUCGUUAACUGACCUUGUGUUUUAUUUCUUCAAGGAUAUUAAUAUCAUAAGUGAUAGCGAGCUUUCAAUUAACAGAGAUCAUGAUUAUAUCGUUGGGCUUCUUAGAGAUGUUACCAUACCGAAUCGUCAAAUGGUUGAGCUUUUUUAUAGAGCUCUUGCCGCAAUCGACGAACGUCCACUAGAUCAUUGUCAUAUCCUUGGGCUUCUCCAAAGCUGCUACAGGCCUAGAGCUCCAAAACUGGGUCGAGUUCGAAAUAUAUCGUCUGCUACUGAAAUCGCUGGUGCAGGAGUCACAUUCAAGGCACAAACCGAUGAAUAUUCUCCGCUUGCAGUGAAAUUUAUACAACCAUCUCUUAUUCCUGGGUUGGGUUCUCUAUUUUUUCGAGAAACCUGUUUCAGAAUUCCAGUGUUGUGCAUCAAUGACUCCACACCAUCGUUCUUGAGGAAUCUCAUUGCCUAUGAGCAAUGCUACCCAUUAAGUCGUCAUUAUGUUACUUCUUUUGCCUUUCUGAUGGACAAGCUCAUUGACACUAAAGAUGAUGUUUCGUUGCUUGUGAGGUCAAAAGUCCUUCAACACAACCUGGGAGCCGUUGAAGAUGUCACAAAUCUCUUCAACAAUAUUUGCAAAGGCAUCGUCGUUAGAGAUUUUUAUUACACUGAGGAAUGGAAACGAUUGGAUGAAUACUGCAAUCGUUUCUGGCCUAGCAUGUUAGUUUCAUUGAGACGCCUUUAUAGAAGUACCACCUGGAAAACGUUGACAGUCAUUGGUGCUUCGGUACUGUUCACCCUAACAUUACUCCAAACUAUCUAUAGUGUUAGAGCUUAGAACUGUUUGAGAUGUUCGAGACCAAUUCGAAGACUCACCAAAAUCUGAAUUUGGUGGUCUGAAGAUUUGAAUUUGGUGCUGAUUCUAUUCUUAUGGAUACAAGUCAAGUCGGUUUUCAUGGUGGUGCUAAUCUGGAUUCUUAAUGGAUUUUUCUGCAAGUUGGUAAUCUUGGUGUUGCUUCUAGGAAUAGUACUUUUGGCCAUUUUAAUUUGGUUACUGUUGCAGUUUGACUGAUAGUCGGUUCUCUUGGUGUUGCCUCCUAUUGAUUGCAUCUGUUUUACCUUUAUAGCAUGUGGUUGGGGUUCGAAGGUGUUAGUUACGUGCUGCAGUGUUUGAUUUGUCUUGAAUGUUCCUCGUCUUCAAGGAGAUCAGUUUUCUGAUUGUACUGGUUCUAGCAUGGUCGUCUGUUUGGCUGGUUAGCAUUUCCUAUAUCGAGGU